GAUACGAAUAUAUAGGGUUACCUUUCAUACAGACAAUGCCCAGUAUUGGUUAAAAGUGCCUACAGCAAAGAACUUUGACGAGCACGGAACUGCACUGCCAUGUUCCGCUGUUCGCAACAGCCACUCUACUCAACAGCCCGUUCGCUCCUCAUUCACCUGCUAUUCGCUUGUUAUAUUUUGUGCCCUGCAAUUUAUGGCUCCAAUCUAAAGAGAGCUGCUGCCCAAGGGCCCCACCUAGGCGCUGCGUCAGGCCAGCGCAGCCGCCUGGGCCCAGCUCCCCCGCAAUGCGACCCAUCUGGCUCCAGAUCAGAUUGUGGCUACUACGGUAUCCAGCAGGCCGAGUGUGAGGGCAAAGGGUGCUGCUGGUCUCCUGCCCUGGCUGCUGCAACCAACGUUGCCUCAACUACUACCGGUACCAUCCUAACCGCCACAACCAACACCAGCAGCAGU